AUGGUCAACCCAGUCUCAACAGGUAAAAUGGCAGCGAGUCCAGCUGAGACGGUCCAACCCGCCGUCCUCUAUAAACUCAUCAUUUUCGCUGUAUUGAUGGCAGUAGCACCCAUCGGAACAUACUUUACGGUGUUAACAUACUUUACAAAAGGAAAUACCAUCGCCUCUGCCAUCGCAGCUAUCAUAGCAGCGAACCUCGUCCUGAUAGGUUAUAUAGUGGUAGCAUGGUUGGAAGGUCCACCUGGUCCGAUCGUACCGCCAUCACCAGCAGGAGAAGUCAAGAAGAACAGGUAG